AUGACUUCGGAACGUCGUCGAUUACUGGACAAACACUUGGAUACAUGGACACAAAGUCUGCAGUUGGAUGACGUGAUGGUUUUCCUUCUUUCCAACAGUGUAUUCAAUGAGCAUAUUGUUGAUAUCAUCAAGAGCGAGUCCACCGUCGCUAUGCAGCGAUAUCAGUUCAUACGGCAGUUGAAGAUGCGCGGAAAUACAGCUUUUUCUUUAUUUUAUCAGUCACUGUUAAAGACGAAUCAAAGAUAUUUGGCCCAUUUGAUGGAAAGUGGAUUAAGCAGUGAAGACAAAAACAAUGUUGGUCAAGAGAUUGAAUAUAAGUCAACUUUGCAUAAUAACCCAUCCACUGGUGAAAAUUGCCAAAGUAUUGCUUGUCAUAGUCCAACACCAGCGGCGAUUCAAAGGAACUGUUCGUACUAUAGAUCAUAUGAGUGUGUAAAAAUGCGUGAGCCUGCUGGUAUACUCCAUGACUUGAUGGUGGAUUUCAUUGACACUGCUGCGAACCUCUCUUCUUUUGAUGCUAAUUUGGUGUAUCCCAAUUUCUCAUCACCUCGUGGAGUGGCACUAAUUAUCAACAACCGUUAUUUCCUUGAUAUGCCAGAAAGAAUUGGUACCGAUGUUGACGAAAUUAAUUUGAACAAUCUUUUUCGGCAACUUAAUUAUGCAGUUUCGGUUUGCCGAAAUUUGUGUGCAAAGGAGAUGCUUAUUGCUAUCCAAGAUUUCUCCAAACGCCCGGAGCAUAAACACUUGGAUUCUUGUGUUGUUUGCGUGUUGACACAUGGUGAACAUGGUGAACUGUAUGGGACGGAUGAUGUCGCUAUAUCGGUAUUAGAGUUUGUCUCCUGUCUAAAUGCACGGAAUUGCCCUGCUCUAGCUCAUAAACCAAAACUCUUUUUCCUGCAAGCCUGCAGAGGACAGCAGUACGAUCGAGGAUUUGGCACAGAGUUUGAUGGACCAGAUGGAUAUUUUGAUCGUUGGUUUACUUGUACUACUUCUCAACCUAAGAGCAGUUUACCAAUGGAACAGAAGACAAAAUCACCGAUAGAAGCCGACAUAUUAGUAUCUUAUGCAACUACUCCAGGAUAUGUUUCGUGGCGCAAUUCCAUGAAAGGUAGCUGGUUCGUACAAAGCAUAUGUGAAGUGUUUGCUAAGUAUGCAAAAUCCACCGACAUUUUGUCGAUGCUAACAUUGGUGAAUAAACAGGUAGCUGAUGCUUUCGAAAGUUCCAGCGGUUCUUUCAAACAGAUCCCUGACCAUUCCUCCAGACUGCGCAAAGCUUUCUACUUCUUCCCAGGAACCAUUAAACCUUUUUAA